UAAAACUGCAGUGCAGAUUAUUGCGGAAAUAUUCAAUUGGUCCAAGUGGAGACCCUUGAUAAUUCAGGAAUUAUGUAUUAAGCAUAUUGCUAAAAUGUCAUUUAGCUAUCGUAUUAAUCCUGCAUACAUUGGAAUGAGAAUUUUUGAAGGACGGAAGAACAACACAUUUCAAUUGAUAUCUUCACUAGCAUCUUAUAUCAAUGGAUUUGAAUUUGUUUUUAUGUAUCAUUGUGUGGUUUCUGUCUCCUUAUAUCGCAUCUUCUAGCUCACAAUUAUGUGCAGGCCCUGGUGGGAAAGUAUGCUGUAGUGGAUAUGUAUGGAAUGAAGCACAAAAUACAUGUACACAGUGCAUGCCUGGAUUUUACGGUAGUAACUGUACUAUUCCUUGUCCAUAUCCGGUAUUCGGCUGGGAUUGUCAACUAAAAUGCACCUGUAGCACUGAAGACUGUCACCACGUGUAUGGGUGCAAGAGAAAGGUAUCAGAAAAUUAUUCAUCAUUGCAGAGCAUUGAAAUAUCAACCGAACCGGCAUCUGCUUCAAGUGCAAUUUAUAACGAGGAUACAACAGAGGCUGCACCGAAAUCUACCAACAUCUCCCAUCAGGACAAAAUGUGUGCCGAAGAGAGGGGAGAUGCAUAUGAAAGCAAUUCUACAUCUUUAAUUGCUGGUAUAAUUAGUCUUCUGAUCGUUGCUGGGCUGUUGCUAGUUAUGUGAGCAAAUGCGUAUCUACAUAAAGUCACGUGCAUAGUUCAAGGAGAUACAGCGAGUAAAAGCACAUUUUAAAGGGAUACAACUUACGACCCCCACGUGUAAUCAAAAUAUGACCGCAUGAAGUAUCUUAUAUGUACAUGUAUCUACACUAAUACCAAUGCAAUAAA